AUGCAUCCGCAGCAGAAGCGCACAAUCAUCAGCACUAGAGCUAUAACCAUGAUCCUGAUCCUGAUCCUGCUCCAAGCUCUAGGAACCCUGGCGGCCCAGAAAUACUCGCCCAUUGCCAACUGGCACAUGGGUGAUCCGCACUACACGAGUGACCAGUACGCCAAGAUCCUGGGCGAAGCGGGACUGGGUCAGGAUUCCGACGAGAAGGACAAUAAAGGAUUAGGUGCCAUGCAGAUCCAGUAUGUGGACUACCAGCCCAACUGCCAGCCAGGUGGAGUGCCCGUCUGCGCCACCAAUGGAACCCAUAGCUUCUACUUCGAGAACAACUGCCGCCUGGAGGCGGCCAACAUGAAGAUGCUCUUCCAGUACGGCACAGAACUUGAGCCCACGGAGAUGGAGCGAUGCCUGCCCACCUGCCAGACGAUGAAGUGCACCCAGGUGGAGCGACCAGUUUGCGCGCUGGCCGAGAUCAGAGGGGCUGUGCCCCAAACCUUCGCCAACGAGUGCGAAAUGCGGCGUCGCGAGUGCCACACGAAACAAGUCCUGCGAAUCCUGCACGCGGGUCCUUGCCAAACUCCCACAAAAAGCGGUCGCAAGAAGAAGCUGCGCCGCAACAAACAUAAGCGACCCAUCAAACCCGCAUCCAUCCCAAAGUUCGAAAAUAGUCCAAAGAAAGUUUAUCUGAUGCUGGCCACUCCUGCUCCUUGGAGCGUCACCACCACCCCAAGGAGCCCCACCACCAGCACAACCUCCAGGAUCACCAAGACACCCAGGAUGAGACCCACCAAAACCACCAGCAAACCAAAACCCUCGCCCAUGCAGUUCCAGCAGAUGUUGAGCUUGGCCAAUCCCAUGGUCUCCGUUUCCCGGACCGUGGAUGCCUACAAUGUGUACAAUAUACCCGAUGUGGGUCAUGAUUACGGCGAGAUAACCGACUCCUCGCUCUCGAUGUUUCUGCCGGAAGUGGGUCGUGUCACGGAGCCCUAUUCCCCAAGAAAAACCACCUCCAGCAGCACCACCUCCACCACACCCAAACCAGCUUUAACCACAAGCUCCAAGAAAUCAAGGAUCACAAAUCUUUCGGGCACCACCACCAUCAAGAGUUACACCACCACACUGAUGCCCAGCACCACUGAAAUAAGUAAAGAAUCCACAUCGAAGGACUCGGAGGUCAUUACCCAGGCAGUGAGCACCACUCAGCAAUCCAUUUCCACGACAAUUCCCCAGCCAAAAUCUCCUUGAUCGAUGAUUGCGGCUUCUUUAAAUUCAGCUACUUAAUAUUUAUUGAAACUAUUUAUAUAGCUGCUUAAGAUGAACAGUAAAACUAUAAGCAAUUG